AUGGGUCGAGAAGUGGAAAACCUCAUCAAGGAAAACAUGGAAUUGCUUGAUAUGAAAAAUGCUUUGAAUAUUGUCAAGAAUGAUCUCAUUGCUCGAGUUGACGAAUUGAGCAGUGAAAAUGCUAUCCUUCGUGAUGAGGUGCAUAGUUUCGAAAUGGUACGGGUAAAAAUGGGUGAUAACAUAGCAAAACUCGAGGAAGAAUUGAAAACAGUCAAGCAAAAGUUGGCCGAAAAGGAGGCUGAAGAAGAAGAAGAGGUUCCGCUGGCUCAGAGAAAGAGGUUCACUCGAAUGGAGAUGCAGAGGGUACUUAUU